UUCUUUCUCUUUCUUUCUCAGUUGUACUCUGUACAUUUUACACACACAGUUAUGUAUGGGAAUCGAGGUCGAACAAACUUCUGUUAUUGUCGUCAAUGGUUCUUCUAAACCCAGCUUCUUCUUCUUCUUCCACUCAGGCCUUCGCUUCCAAGCUCAUACUGCUACUAACAAUCCUUUCACUGUCUUUGGCGCUAUUGGCUUUUCUUCUCCAAUGGCGUGGCGCCCUCCAUGACCCCACCAAUUCGGAGUUUCCGGGGAUGGGUAUUUCCAAAUCUAGACGACCCAUUUCUUCCUCAGACUUUCUACAUUUUCUGGGUCGACAUCGGUUCCCUUAUUUUCGGGAUUGGAAGUUCAGUUUUGGGUCUCGUCGGAAGCCUAAGAUAUGCAUUACUACAAGCACUUGUGCUGGGUUAGAACAGAUUCUUCCAUGGAUCUUCUAUCAUAAGGUGAUUGGGGUUUCAGCUUUUUACAUCUUUGUAGAAGGGAAAGCUGCAAGUCCUAGGGUAUCUAAAGUCCUUGAGUCCAUUCUGGGAGUACAAGUCAUAUAUAGAACACGUAAGUUAGAGGAGCAACAAUCUAAAAGCCGCAUCUGGAAUGAAUCUUGGCUGGCGAGCUUCUUUUACAAGCCCUGCAACUAUGAGUUGUUUGUCAAACAAUGUUUCAAUAUGGAAAUGGCAAUCGUAAUGGCAAGGGAAGCUGGCAUGGAUUGGAUCCUACAUAUUGACACGGAUGAGCUAGUUCAUCCUGCAGGCACUCACGAGUAUUCUGUCAGACAGGUCCUGGCAGAAGUUCCAGCAAAUGUUGAUACAGUUAUUUUUCCAAAUUAUGAGAGCUGUGUUGAGAAAGAUGACGUUGAAGAACCAUUCAGCGAGGUAUCGAUGUUUAAGAAGAACUAUGAACAUGUUCUGAGAAAGACUUAUUUUGGGAAUUACAAUGAUGCAAUGCAUGGUAAUCCUAAUUACUUCUUGACUUAUGGAAAUGGAAAAUCAGCUGCUAGAAUUCAAGACAAUCUUCGUCCUAAUGGAGCACACAGAUGGAACAAUUACAUGAAAACACCAAAUGAGAUGAUAUUGGACGAAGCUGCUGUUCUUCAUUAUUCAUAUGCCAAAUUCACUGAUUUGACUUCAAGACGUGAUAGAUGUGGCUGUAAGCCUACAGAGAAAGAUUUGAAAAGAUGCUUUAUGCUGGAAUUUGAUCGAUCUGCCUUUAUAAUAGCCUCAACAACAACAGAAGAAGAAAUGCAUAAAUGGUAUUGCGAGCAUGUUGUCUGGACAGACAAGAGGAUAAAGAAGAAGCUGUUAAGGAAUGGAAUAAUGACUAGAAUCUACGAACCAAUGGUAAUUGUUGAAGGAUUGAGAGAAUCUGGCGUUUUCUCUUCUUCUGAUUAUAAUUCAGCCUUCUUAAACUUAAAGGAUGAAUCUCUGCUCUCUAGUGUUGCUCAUGGUAACAACAACAGUACCUUUUAUUAUUCAUAUGACGAUGGUAUAACGAAAACUCAUUGGAAUGUUCUCGAAACUUCUAAUGCUAUACCGCCAUUAUCCCCUCCCUUCAGGCAUGCAUGAUGCCCCGCCACAUCCCGUAUGUGAAUUCUUAUAAUAUCCUACCAAAAGAAAAUGUUCCCGAUCCUUAACCAAGCGAUGUUUGUCUUUACAGUUUUCAAUAUCUGUUAGUUAGUUAGUUAGUGUCUUUUGGUUGGUUUGUUAGAUUGUCAAUUGUCAUAGAUGAGUUCAUAUGGUGCCAAAUUUUGCUCCAUUUAUAUAUAUUGUUAAAUCAAUUCUGAGCAAUGUUCUUGUCAAAGUUUCUAUUUUCGUAUAAUCUCCUUAGGUCUUAACCAAUUGAUGUAAUAAUUUCAGUGAUAAAAUGAAGUUUUUUU